UCCAUAUUUUGAGUGUUGGAUGGAAGACUUAACUAACAGCAGGUGAUUUAGAGAAACAUUGCGCGCCAAAAUUGUUUGUCAACAAGAUGCCGUCUCAGGAGUUUAAUGCAGAAUUAUUACCUGAUCUUCUGCCUGUCUAUUAUAAAAGGCUCUUCCCAUAUUCACAAUACUACAAGUGGCUUAGUUAUGGACUAGUUCCGUUCAACUAUUUCCAGAAGCGAGAAUUCUCCUUCACCCUCGCUGAUGACAUAUACAUUCGCUACCAGUCCUUUAAGGAUGAAGAGGAUAUGGAGAAGGAGAUUAAGAAGCAUUGUCCAUAUAAAAUUGAUAUUGGAGCUGUCUACUCAUCUAGGCCAAAGGAUCAUCGAGCAGUCGCAAUAUUUACACCACAAGAGAAAGAACUUGUGUUUGAUAUUGAUAUGACUGAUUAUGAUGAGGUUCGAACUUGUUGUUCUGGAGCCGCGAUAUGUCGGAAGUGCUGGAAAUUCAUGACCAUUGCUGUCAAGAUCUUGGAGUCUGCUCUUAGACAGGACUUUGGGUAUCAGCACAUUCUGUGGGUGUACUCUGGUCGUCGUGGCAUCCAUUGUUGGGUGUGUGAUGAAAAAGCCCGUGUGUUGUCACAGUCGGCAAGAUCUGCUCUAGCUGAAUAUCUACAACUGCUUCGAGGAGGUGACAGUCAAGCUAAGAAAGUUAACAUUCCGCAAAAGAUUCAUCCUUCUCUCAAACGAGCUGAAGAAAUUGCCAAGAAAUAUUUUCAUGACCUUAUUUUAGACGACCAAGAUCUGUUAGGCACUCCAGAGCUUUGGGAUAAAAUUCUUGCACUAAUCCCUGAUCAAACAUUACGUGACUCCUUGGGAAAAGCCAUGCCAAAGUGCAGUAGCUCAAGACAGCGAUGGACUACUAUCCAAACAGAAAUUACGAAAGCUAUCAACAAGGCUGAUCACAAAAAGGGUUUGAGACCACACCUUUUGACGGAGAUCAUUCUUCAGCUGGUGUAUCCAAGGCUGGAUAUCCAUGUCACAAAGGGCCUAAACCACUUGCUGAAAUCACCCUUCUGCAUCCACCCAAAGACUGGAUGUGUGUGUGUGUGUUUUGACCCACAGAAAGUAGAGCAAUUUAAUCCUCUGGCAGUACCAAAUUUAAGUCAGUUGGUAGAAGAAAUCAACAGUUUUGACGCUGGUAAGACAGAUGAAGAGCGAGGAGCUAUCGCAGAGUACAAAAAAACGUCCAUGAAAGAAUCUGUACUUUUAUUUGAGUCCUUCUUGGCUGCCAUAGCAAAGGAAAAUGCUAUUCGGAGACAGCGUAGUGAAAUGUAUUUGGACUUUUAAGAAGUGGGGUGCAGAGCAAGAUGGUACUGUGUUGUUCAUGAAUAAAUUUGUAGGAAAAAAUACCUGUAUGAAUAAUGGCCCCAGAUGCAUGUAGAAGGGAAGGAUCACCAAGAGUAAAUUAAGAUGGACUUAACUUACUAGUAAAACAUACAUAUUUACAGUUUAUUUUAAAUCUUAAUGUACAGUAUAAGGCUCUUUACUUAUUUUUUUGAAGUAUGAAAAUUUGUUUAGUGCACUGAGUUUCAUGGCUUUUAAACUUGUAAAUUAUUUCCAUCAUAGAUCUUAUUCUGUAGUAUCCUACUGAAUUUUUUAAGCGAGGUUCUUCAGUAUCAACUUGGGCACUAACAUAUGUAGUUAAAUAUUAUGAAUGGCUGUGAUUGUAUCUGCUGCAUAUAUUUUAAUUUGUUAGAUUUUUUAAGAGGACUUUCUAACAAAUUCAGCUGGUGGAUAAUAAUAAUGCUGUAAAAGAUA